UGCACGACGCUCUCCCAACCUCCAUGAUUCCAUACACGAUUACAUGUGCCUCAGGAGCUCCUUUUGUACCUUUCGUACUACAGCACUCGUUCGCGCCUGCACCACAUGAGUUGACCAGAAACCUUGUGGCUCGCCGGUCUUGGCUGCCAAUCGUUAUCUCGCACAUGGGUCCUUCUGUACCGCCCUUUCGUCGAUGUUCCCCGGACGAGCGCGUUGUGCUGUUUGCAUGAGAAGGUUGAUGCGAAUAGAAGCAGGGCUUUCCGGUCACCGAUAUAUAUAGGAAGGAAGAGGCACUGGGAACGAGUCCUGUUCCCUGCACCUCGGAGGACAGUAGUUCAUCUCGUCGGUCGACCUCACAUCUACUGACCGUACCAGACUUUGUUCAUGAUGCUUGGUGCUUCUGUGCUUCUUACGACCUUGGGACUCGCUGGUUCUGUUUUGGUCGACGCGAGGGCUACGAUCAGGAAUGCUAGUGAUAUUUCUAGUCUGGAUGCGAGCCUGUUCAAACGCAUAAGCAGCACUUGUUCGGGUACUAGUUUGCAGACUUCGUGCCAUAAUACGACAAAGCAGACGAAUAGUUGUUGCUUCGAAUCGCCCGGAGGAUUGUUGCUUCAGACACAAUUUUGGGAUACCGACCCUUCUACUGGCCCAUCCGAUAGUUGGACUAUCCACGGUUUGUGGCCCGAUAACUGUGAUGGGACGUUCGAGGAGAACUGCGACUCCAGUCGUGAUUAUACCGGUAUCUCUACUUUGCUCACGAACCAGGGCGCAAGCGACACCCUCAGCUUCAUGGAAGAGUUCUGGGUCGACAUCAACGGUGAAAACGAGCAGUUCUGGGAGCAUGAAUGGGCUACCCAUGGAACGUGUUACAGUACCCUCGAGACCUCUUGUCUCCCGUCCGGAAGUGCCAAAGGAGCCGAGGCUGUAGCCUUCUUCGAAACAGUCGUUGCUUUAUUCAAGACUUUGCCUACCUAUGACUGGCUUGCAGCUGCCGGAAUCACGCCCAGCAACACUGCGACCCAUACCUUGUCUUCGUUGACCUCUGCGCUGAAGUCUGCCUCUGGAGUAACACCGGCUUUGGAAUGCGAUGGCAGUACUCUCAAUGCGAUUGAAUGGUUUUUCAACUUGAAAGGAUCUGUCAUUGAUGGGACCUUCGUUCCCAUUGACGCUAUUGAGUCUGGCAGCUGCCCAUCCAGUGGGAUCAAGUACCCCCUCAAGUCAGGUUCUCCGACGAGUACUACGACCUCGGGUGGCUCAUCCCCCACCGCAACCGGCCUUCCCUCAAAAGCCACCCUCAGCGCGCUCAACUCUUCAGGCUCCAAAAUCGGUGGGAUCCUCUCUGGAGGAACCCUCAGUUCCCAAACGCCCGGAACGAUGACCAUCUCCGGGUCGACCUCUAGCUUUACCAUGAAGUCUUCCAAGGGACUCUGCGCCGUUCAGAGUGGCGAGUUGACUUGUGCGAGCAGCAUCUCCACGGGGACGUCGUUUUCGGCUGUCACGUCUGGAUCGAACUUACUCCUCGCAGUUGGUGGAUCGACUGCGUUCUCGAGUAGUGCAGUUCCCAGUGGUGAUACGCAGGAGACUGUCUUCACAGGAAGCUCAGAGUCUCAGAAGUUCACAUUGGCUUUGGUGUCUACCUGAUAUCUGGUUUGGGAUAAUAGUGGAACGAAAAGGACAUAUCUUUGUGCGUGGGAUACUGGAAGAUGACAGAAUGUCGUCGAAGUGGCAAGAACGAGUGCUCAUUUGAAUUGCU